AUUCCUGGUAGGGCGUUUGUUUUUCCACACGAAACGCCGAUCAAAUUAUUGUUGGUUAAUACGAUGCCUUCGGAAAUAAUCGUUUUUAAAUUGCGUUACGUGACGGUGAAAGCUAGUGCUUAUCGGGUUGUGGGGGAAAAUUGUUGAAUAAUGAUUAAUGGUGGAUUGGGGUGCGGUGGUGAAAUGUGAUAGUUUUGGAGGGUGGUGGUUAUGAAGGCGAAAAUGAAGAAUAAAAGGGUUGUGUGGAAGGCUAAUUCGGCGUCGGAGCCCAACCUAGCCACGGCUGGAAGGAAGGGGCUCAGGUCCGGCUUUCCGCCGGGGAUUACCGUGGACGAGCUUUGUCUGUAUCGCAGGAAGAGGCCUUCAGGAACCCUCUGGCCCAGCGACAACUUGAGACUUCGCGACGGCUCUUUCAAGCCCCUGAAGAGCGAAUACAAGCGAAGAUUCAAGAACUACUACGAGUUCACCGACAACCUUCGACAGGAAAUUCCUCCCGUCCGAGCUUCUAAACCGGAAGACUCCCUGAAAGUGGAAGGCGCCCUCGAGCUGCAGCCUCUCUACAGGGAUAACUUCACCGAACACCCCAUCGAGAAGCCCUUCCGACCAAACCCAUACACUUCAUUUGCGGUUAUCGAUCCUGAUGAAAGCGAAAUGAAGGAAAAUUCAAGAGAGACUGAAAGACUGUUAACCGAAAUCAGAGCAAAAUACAUCCAAUACCCUCCCCUCGAGCGCCCCCCUCUCAUCAAACGACCCACAAACCUAAAACUAGAGGGCGACUUGUACACCACCACCGAGCAAGCAGAAAAAUUCAUCCAAUAUCUCCUUGGCAACAGACCCACCCUCUUGAGAAAACCCACAACCCUCAAACUAGAAGGCGACAUGGACAUAAACACCGAAAACCGCGAAAAAUUUGUGCCUUUCGACCUGCCACCCAAACCCCCUCUGUACAAAAAACUGACCAAUCUCCACCUAGAGGGCGACCACGAUAUCCUCACCGAGAAACAAGAGAAGUUUGUUCGAUAUGACGUCCAAAAACGACCAGCCCUCACCAAAAAGCAAACGAACCUACACAUGGAAGGUGAGCUGGAUUUCCUUCCGGAGUAUCGACGAGAGUUCAUCGAGUACAAAACCGAAAGACCAAAACCGGCACUGCCUGUGAAUAAUUUAAAGACUGAUGGGUUUUAUGACGUGGUUCCCGACGUUUCGGCGGCCUUCCAGCAGCAGAUCCAUCCUCAGAUCCCGAAUCUGAGGCGGAUGGAUAGCGCGCAUGAGGAUUUAGCUCUGAGGGCUAGAUUAGGUCGCUUGAAAGAGAGCAGUUUCAAGCCCGAAGGUCCCAUGGAAACUGAAACUGAGAGUAGGACCCAGUUUGUGGAAAAGCCGCAACUGAGGGUCGAGGCGCCGAAGAUUGUUCACAAUUUGCAGCUGGAAGGAAGGAUAGAUUUGAAUCCGGAGUACAGGAAUGCUUAUAUCGAUUUUAAUAAGAAUGCUGUUGAUGCGUCUAAAACGAGGAGUCGGAGGGCUCAUCAUGAAAAUAAUCUGAAGAGUGAAGGCAAAAUGGAAAUUAGUCCGGAAUAUAAGUGCUCUUAUGUGGAUUUUCCCCGGAAAAGGCCGGAAGUUAGAAAACCGGAGUGCAGUCUUUCGAGCGAAGGAGAGUUAGACCACUUGACUGAACAAACCGAAAAAUAUGUUCCUUUCCCCAACGUGCCCCGAACCGAACCCCUGAAAAGAGACCCAGAACUGAAGCUAGAAGGAAACAUUGAGUGCCAACCCGAAUACAGAAAAGCGUACAUCGACUACCUAAUCCGUGAAAGAGUGGAACGAAAAUCCCGACCUUUAGACAACCUGAGCCCACCUAAAAGAGUACUGGAAGAAGAACGCGUAGAGAAAACCGCCCUGAGCAAAAUACAACCCCCUGUAGAACAAAAACCCCCCAGCACCAAACCAGCUGCAAAAUCGGCAAAACCCGUCAGAAGUCCCAGAAACCGUUCUUUAUCCCAGAUAGAAACGUCAGUCUUCGGCCCAAAGUUGUCCGUCCCGGAAGACAAGAAGAAGUCGUCGUCGAGGAGCACCAGUCCGGACUCCGUGGUGUCAAAAACGUCCAGAGGGAGGUCCCGGACGCUCCCCAGGAGCCAGAAUGUCUCGAAUUCUGAGGCGCCUUCGCGGCCUAAAACUUUCGGUAAACCGGUUCUGGUGGAGAACUUGGCCAGUAGGUGCACCACUCCAGUUUUGCCUUUGAUUGAUAUCACUGCUAAGAAUAAGUGGAUGAGGGACAGUUCGGUGGAGUCGUCUUCAGCGUUCGUGGUUUUGGAUAAGAGUGUGAAGAGUGCUUAUAAUGAAAGACAUAGGGGAGUGGCGAACAAGUGGACACCUUAUUGGAAUAGCAACUCGUCUGAAUAUUAGCUAGUCGUAGAUGAUGGUGCCUUUAAAGAAGUUAAUCGGGAUCGCAGAUUAGUAGAUCUCAGGUUGUUAUAGUGCCAUAAGUUUUGUAAAUUGUUUGUUAGUAAUUAACACUGGAUGUUUUCAAUAAAAGAUAGAUUUUUUAAAAAGAAUUGUGCGUGUUUUGACUGAUGAAUUUAACUCGAGUUUUCUCUAAAUGUUGGACGUCGAUAUUAAAAUGUUCAAGUGUUGCUACGAAACGUUCCAGCUUGUUCGUCAUCCUGGAUCCACUUCUUCCGGACCACCGACACCCCGACAAUCCUCACAAACAGUGCCACCAA